AUUAAGAAUGCUUUCACUCCAGAAGAAUGUGCUCAACUUUUAAAAGAAAGUGAAGAAAUUGGUUAUGGAGAAGCCCCACUCACAACUGGACUAAAUACCUUCACAUUGGACAAGGAAGUGCGAAAUAAUUCGAGAGCCAUGAUUGAUAAUAACAAAUAUUCAAAUAUGUUAUUCGAAAGGUUGGCUCAAUAUCUUCCACAAGAUGUUUCAGAAUUGAAAAUAUGUGCUCAGGAUGGUUUUUCAUUAUGUGGUAUGAAUGAAAGAAUUAGAUUUUACAAGUAUGCAGCAGGAGAAUACUUUGCUCCUCACUACGAUGGCUGUUAUCAGAAACCUUUAUUCCAUCUUGAAGUGAAUGGUGAGAAGAAAGUUUGUGUCGAGAGAUCAUUCAUCACCGUGCUUCUCUAUCUGAAUGAUGUCCACUCGGGAGGUGAAACAAACUUUCUCACAUCGAGAUAUGACAUAUUGCACAGUGUGAAACCAAGAACUGGUCAAGUUUUAAUGUUCGUUCAUGCUAAUUAUCAUGAGGGUUGUUUAUUGAAUGAUCCAAAUGAGUUUAAAUAUGUCAUGAGAAGUGAUGUCAUGUAU